AGCCAGAUCUAGCUAUAAAAUAUCUAAGUUGGCAACAGUGAACUCUAUUCUGUUUGUCUCGUUUCGAACAGCAAGCAAUAUGAACAACGAGCUGAAAAACAAAGUUGAGACCUGUUGCCGUACGGCCGAGGACUUUACGCGUUUAUAUUAUGCCUCCUUGGACAAUCGGCGACAUCAAAUGGGUCGACUGUAUAUAGAUAGUGCGACAUUCAGUUGGAACGGCAACGGUGCGCAGGGCCGGGAAACUAUUGAACGCUACUUUCUGGAGCUGCCGAGUUCCCGCCAUCAGCUGACGACCCUGGACUCGCAGCCCAUUUUGGACGCCGCUGUGGGCAAUCAAUCGACAUACAUCAUCUUGGCCAGCGGAACGGUUAAGUAUGCAGAACAAUCGAUUCGCAACUUUCAACAAUCGUUUGUUAUAACCGCCGAGAAUGAUAAAUGGAAAAUUGCAUCCGAUUGUUAUAGAUUGCAGGAGCCAUUACAAUAAAUGAAUGUUAAUAUUUACAUACACAUAUAUAUUAUAUGUUUAUGUGCUCAGUGUCAGAUACGAAUUGAAAAUGCUUUUUGAUAAUAUAGCAUAAUUAUGACUUAUUAAUUAAUUAA